UUCCAUCUGCCUGUGUUUUCUCACAGCUACGUAUUCAGGAGAUAAAGUAGUGUUUGCUAACACAGGAUUCAUCUGCCUCCCUCUACUCACAGCUCCGGUCUGGCUCUUCACACAGCUGAAGUUUCCUUUGUCUCAAGUACUAGCAGUAACUCUGCCAGAUCUCCAUGGAAGAAAGACACGUUCAGAGCACUGAGAGAUAUCAGGUAUUGAUGUAACUGGAGUGAAUAAGGGAACCUUCUUCCUGAGCACAGACAUUGGAGCCUGUUAUCAGCAUGAACUCAUAUGUGUUAGGAAGCAUCAGAAUGAUACCGCAAACUCCAAAAGUCUUAGACACCAAUGACAAUUCACCAACAUUGGGGAACGCACAGCAGAUAUUUGUUAAAUUGGCAGGAACUGAGCAGCAGUCUUUAUGUACAGAGAGUAAUUUAAUCAUCAAACAAGAGGACAAUAUGUAUGCCUUAUCUAGUGAAAUGAUUAUCCCAGAGGAUAAACCACACACAUUUACUGGGUUUUCAAAACAUUUAAAAGAAGGGAAACACCUUAAGUCUAGUCAAAUGAUUCAUACAAAUAAGAAACCAUUCAAAUGUACAGAAUGUGAGAAAGGCUUCACAUGUAAUUUGCAUCUCCCUGAACACCACACAGUUUACACAGUUGGGAAACCUCACACAUGUACAGAAUGUGGGGGAUGUUUUACUUCCAAGGGAAACCUCAUAUCUCAUGAAAAUACCCACACAGAACAAAAUCCUUUCACAUGUACAGAGUGUGGCAAAUGUUUCAUACCAAGGACAAGCCUUAUACCUCAUGAAAGGACCCACACAGGGGAGAAACCAUUAAUAUGUGCUGAUUGUGGGAAAGGUUUUAGAUUUAAGUCUGAUCUGAAAUCUCAUGAAAUAAUUCACACAGGACAAAAACCUUUCACAUGUACAGAGUGUGGAAAAAUGUUUACACACAAGAGUAAUCUAAAAUCUCAUGAAAGGAGUCACACAGGGGAAAAGCCUUUCACAUGUACAGUGUGUAGAAAAAGUUUUACACAUAUGAGUAGUCUGAAAACUCAUGAAAGAAGUCACACAGGAGAAAAGCCUUUCACAUGUACAAAGUGUGGAAAACAUUUUACACAAAUAAAUAGUCUGAAAACUCAUGAAAGGAUUCACACAGGGGAAAAGCCUUUCAAAUGUACAGAGUGUGGAAAAUGUUUUACACAAAUAAAUAGUCUGAAAACUCAUGAAAGGAUUCACACAGGAGAAAAGCCUUUCACAUGUACAGAGUGUGGAAAAAGUUUUACACAAAUAAAUGGUCUGAAAACUCAUGAAAAGAGUCACACAGGGAAAAAUCCUUUCACAUGUACAGAGUGUGGAAAAAGUUUUACACAUAUGAGUAGUCUGAAAACUCAUGAAAAGAGUCACACAGGGAAAAAUCCUUUCACAUGUACAGAGUGUGGAAAAAGUUUUGCACAAAUAAGUCAUCUGAAAACUCAUGAAAGAAGUCACACAGGAGAAAAGCCUUUCACGUGUACAGAGUGUGGAAAAAGUUUUACACAAAUAAGUCAUCUGAAAACUCAUGAAAGGAUUCACACAGGGGAAAAUCCUUUUACAUGUACAGAGUGUGGAAAAAGGUUUACACGAAUGGAUAGUCUGAAAAUUCAUGAAAGGAGUCACACAGGAGAAAAGCCUUUCACGUGUGCAGAGUGUGGAAAAUUUUUUACACUUAUAAGUCAUCUGAAAACUCAUGAAAGGAGUCACACAGGAGAAAAGCCUUUCACAUGUACAGAGUGUGGAAAAAGUUUUACACAAAUAAAUAGUCUAAAAACUCAUGAAAGGAUUCACACAGGAGAAAAGCCUUUCACAUGUACAGAGUGUGGAAAAAGUUUUACACAAAAGGGUGAUCUGAAAAAGCAUGAAAGGAGUCACACUGGAGAAAAACCUUUCACAUGUGCAAAUUGUGGAAAACGUUUUGCACAUAUAAGUCAUCUGAAAACUCAUGAAAGAAGUCACACAGAAGAAAAGCCCUUCACAUGUAAAGAGUGUGGAAAAAGUUUUACACAAAUAAAUAGUCUGAAAACUCAUGAAAGGAGUCAGUCACACAGGAGAAAAGUCUUUCACGUGUAAAAAGUGUGGAAAAAGUACACAUAAAAGUAAUCUGAAAACUGAUGAAAGGAUUCACGCAGGGGGAAAGCCUUUUACAUGUACAGAGUGGGGAAAAGGGUUUACAUGAGUGGAUAGACUGAAAACUCAUGAAAGGAAUCACACAGGAGAAAAACCUAUCAAAUGUUUAUAAAGUAGAAAAAGGUAUCCCGUGCCAGUCAGGUAUCACAAAACACAAAAUAUUUACUCACAAAAUAAACUUUAUUUGCACUGUGUGGAAACCUUUUAAAAAUUAUCAUAAAGAGGACAAACUCUCUAAAUAGAAGAGUCAAAAAAGGAUAGCAUUGUAAAUAAUACUUUCUAAAUCCCAGUUACAAAAUCUCCAUAUUGAAAGUGCUCUCCUGCUGUCCUUUGUUCCUCUAAACAUGUGCACCUCAGUUUCUCUCAUAUCAAUGUGAUAGAAUCUAAACACCACACAGUAAUAUACAAAUGUGUCCUUAUACUGACCAGUUUACACAAACAUUCAACAACAAAGCACCCCAGUGUUAUUUAUUAAUAUGCCAGUGUGUUAGGAGUUGUAUGUUUUAUUUACAUAGGGGAGAAAAUUAUUACAUUUACAGAAUAAAGGAGUCUUUAUAUGAAUAGAGUGCUUGAAAAUUAUAUAAACAAGAACAUCAGCCUUUAAUAAUUUAUGUUCAGUCUCCUAUAGAAAGAAACAAAAGAAGAGGCGCCUCAUAGUGUAAUAUGUCAAUUCAAAUUGAGAUUAGGGUCGGGUAUUAUUGCACUCACUUAUGGUAAAGCACUAAUGUGCUAGUCAAGAAUGCUGGGAUCUCAGAGCCUCUUGGCUGGCUCCUUUCCAGGACUAGUAGCAACAUCCUUGCUACAUCCAGCUGGGCUCCAAUACCGUCAGGAGAGGUAUGUACUGGAAAGUAAUUCUGUUCUAACUCACACAGAUGAGCCCUCACUAAAGGAUAAAUCCACAAGAGGAAGAGGGUAUGACUCUACAACUCAAAAGCCAAUUCCUCUAGUUUGCACCAAACCCACCACAGCACAAUUUGGUGUGGUUAUCCUAGUGGCAGCUGGGUAGAUUAAAUGAACAGUGAGUUGUCAAAAGUUAAAACAUUUAUUAACCCCUUAAUGACCACAGCACUUUUCCAUUUUCUGUCCGUUUGGGACCAAGGCUAUUUUUACAUUUUUGCGGUGUUUGUGUUUAGCUGUAAUUUUCAUCUUACUCAUUUACUGUACCCACACAUAUUAUAUACCGUUUUUCUCGCCAUUAAAUGGACUUUCUAAAGAUA